AUGGUGCGACACAAUCACGAUGCGAACGCGAGACUCUCCAGCGAGGCACAAAGCGAAUUAAAACGAGAAGAAAGCGAUGACAACGCGCGAAACAAAGCCGACCUCGCCAACGCACUUGCAGAAGAAAAAGACUGCGUAACUCGCUAUCGGAAACUUGUGCGUCGUAAAAUGGAACUUCUCGCUUUGAAGCAGUCGCACGCGGCUGCGAAACGAGAAGAAAGUGACAACGCGCGAAUCAAUGCCGACCUCGCCAACGCAUUUGCAGAAGAAAAAGACUGUUGCAAACGCUUGAUUGAACUUCAGGAUCGUAAAAACGAACUUCUUUUCAAAGAAGCGAACGUUCCUCUCGAACAACAAGAACCAUCACCCGAUUCCGACGAUUUCGAUGUCGAAGAAGAAGUAGGAUCGACGGACAGGAAUUCACAAACGAACGAUGACAACACGACAAAAACGACGCGUAAGUUCAACGCGUUGGAAAAACGACUCGACUUAUUGGAAGAAGAUGUCAUGGAUCUCCAGAUGAACAACGACAAAAUGGUAUUGGCGUACGCCGCUGCCGUACCUUUUGUGCUCACAUUUGCGAUGUAUUGUUUGAGACACUUUGCAUCGUCGAUGUCUCGCGAUUGA